AUGCAAAAAUUUCUUAUUACACCAAAAUAUAACAAAAACUACAUUUAUAUAAAUCUAACUAUAUUGCAUCAGCAGUUUACAAAUGCAUAUGCCUAUUAUUGCAUGGUAAAGACUGAAAAUCUUACAUAUAAAAAAUCAGACCUUUAUGUAGAAUCUACAAAAAUAUGGAAAGAAAUUAAAAAAAAUUCAGAAGAAGAAAUUAAAGAUCAAAUCAAAACUUAUUUUGCUACACCCAUUCUUUUGCAUUUGCAAGGUUUUAUACAAUCACGUUCUUCUUAUACUCCACAAUCACCCGAUCCUCAGCCAUUAAAUUCUACGAGAUAA